GGUCCUGGCCCUGAAAAGUCGAUUCCUUGCCAUAUAUGCUGCCCGGCCUGCAGAGCUCAUCCAGCACCUUGUGAGUGUCAUUUGGAUUGGCGGCCUGUGCAGAGUUUCUCAUCUCGUCACAGGGCGCACCCACUUCCGGCAGUGAGGAUGGCGGCGGUGCUACUGCUCGUUUUGCUCUGGGCGAGGGCUGCGGAGGCAGGGGAAUGUAACCGGCCACCAAAGUUGGAAAAUGGCUUACUACACGAUAAGUAUCUCCAGAAAAAGACGUUUGCAAGUGGAUCCAAGGUUUCUUACGUAUGUAACCCUGGUUACACUUUUCCACCAUAUAGUCGCAGGUCUAUUACUUGUAAUGAAGGUGUUUGGGAACCAUUACAAGCCACCUGUACACCAAAGAGCUGUGGAAGUCCAGGGGAAAUUAUGAAUGGGUAUUACCAGGGUGACAAUACUUUUGGAAGUAGUGUUACAUUUUAUUGCAAUGAAGGAUAUAAGCUGGUGGGUAGAAAUUACCGGUUGUGUGAAGAUGAUGGAUGGGGAGGCCAGGUACCUACAUGUGAAGCUGUUAAAUGUCCUGACAUUCCGGCCAUUGAGAAUGGAGAAAUAUCAAGGCUCUCUACAGAGUCAUGGGAAUACGGAAUGGUGGCUGAAUUUUCAUGCCAUGGCGACUACUCAUUGAUCGGUGAACGCAAGCUUAUCUGUGAAAGUGAUGGAAAUUGGAAUCAUCCCUUUCCAAAGUGCAAAGUUGUUAAAUGUCCGGCUCCUGAUAUUCCUAACAAUGUCCACAUGGUAUCGACAUACAAACCUACUUACAAAUAUCAGGAGCAAAUCAGUUUCCGGUGUGAAGAAGGUUAUGAGAUGGAGGGCGAUGGUCACAUUGUAUGUGGAGAGGACGGCAAUUUUUCACCCCCACCACCCACCUGCACACCACGGAAAUGUAACAGGCCACCAGAAUUGGAAAAUGGCUUACUAGAAGAUAAGUAUCGUGGGAAGGAAACAUUUGCAAGUGGAUCCAGGGUCUCUUACCUAUGUAACCCUGGUUACACUUUUUCUCAAAACGAUCGCAGAUCUAUUACUUGUAAUGAAGGUGUUUGGGAACCAUUACGAGCCACCUGUACACCAAAGAGCUGUGGAAGUCCAGGGGAAAUUAUGAAUGGGUAUUACCAGGGUGACAAUACUUUUGGAAGUAGUGUUACAUUUUAUUGCAAUGAAGGAUAUAAGCUGGUGGGUAGAAAUUACCGGUUGUGUGAAGAUGAUGGAUGGGGAGGCCAGGUACCUACAUGUGAAGUUGUUAAAUGUCCUGACAUUCCGGCCAUUGAGAAUGGAGAAAUAUCAAGGCUCUCUACAGAGUCAUGGGAAUACGGAAUGGUGGCUGAAGUUUCAUGCCAUGGCGACUACUCAUUGAUCGGUGAACGCAAGCUUAUCUGUGAAAGUGAUGGAAAUUGGAAUCAUCCCUUUCCAAAGUGCAAAGUUGUUAAAUGUCCGGUUCCUGAUAUUCCUAACAAUGUCCACAUGGUAUCGACAUACAAACCUACUUACAAAUAUCAGGAGCAAAUCAGUUUCCGGUGUGAAGAAGGUUAUGAGAUGGAGGGCGAUGGUCACAUUGUAUGUGGAGAGGACGGCAAUUUUUCACCCCCACCACCCACCUGCACACCACGGAAAUGUAACAGGCCACCAGAAUUGGAAAAUGGCUUACUAGAAGAUCAGUAUCGUGGGAAGGAAACAUUUGCAAGUGGAUCCAGGGUCUCUUACGUAUGUAACCCUGGUUACACUUUUUCUCAAAACGAUCGCAGAUCUAUUACUUGUAAUGAAGGUGUUUGGGAACUAUUACGAGCCACCUGUACACCAAAGAGCUGUGGAAGUCCAGGGGAAAUUAUGAAUGGGUAUUACCGAGGUGACGUUACUUUUGGAAGUCAGAUUACAUUUUAUUGUAAUGAAGGAUAUACUCUGGUGGGUAGAAAUUACCGGUUGUGUGAAGUUGAUGGAUGGGUUGGCCAGGUACCUACAUGUGAAGUUGUUAAAUGUCCUGACAUUCCGGCCAUUGAGAAUGGAGAAAUUUCAAGGCUCUCUACAGACUCAUGGGAAUACGGAAUGGUGGCUGAAGUUUCAUGCCAUGGCGACUACUCAUUGAUCGGUGAACGCAAGCUUAGGUGUGAAACUGAUGGAAAUUGGAAUCAUCCCUUUCCAAAGUGCAAAGAUGUUAAAUGUUUGCUUCCGGAUUUUCCUGACAAUGUUCGCGUGGUAUCGACAUACAAACAUACUUACAAAUAUCAGGAUGAAGUCAUUUUCCAGUGUAAAGAAGGUUAUGCGAUGGGCGGCAAUAGUGUCAUUGUAUGUGGAGAGGACGGCAAUUUUUCAUCCUCACCACCCAGCUGCACAGAAACUUCAAAACGCUCUCAUCUAUAUCUAAUAAUACUUGGGGUAGUUAUUAUUAUACUACUCGUGAUAGGCUUUUUAUACAAAAGAUAUAGCUCAUGUGGAAGCCUGAUGAGAAACAAGAAAAGAGAACUUGAGAACGGAGAGGUGCUUUCCCAUCAGAUGGAGCGCCUUGCACCUGCUGAAGAGACAAAGUAAUGGACUUCAAUUUUUAAAGAGAUCGGUACUAUGAAGUUAUCAUUUUGAAUUUGAUUAAUUAUGGCAGAGGUGUGGAACUGGAACUUCUGCUGUGUCGAACAAGUGUAUCGAGUAUAGACAUUCGAUUAAGCAAAUCCUGCAUUUCCUUAGCGGUGUUUUUAAAAGAAAAGGAUGAGAAUACUCAGUCAAAAUUAUGUGCCAGCUCAAUGAAGUUGCAAAGCAGCAGAUUAAAUGGAAAUGUUCUCAUGCUUGCAAAGGAAUGUUUAUGAAACUUCAGAUCAAUUGUAAAGAAUUAUAUAGACAUUUAUAUUACCCUGAAAACAUAUCCCAUUUGGAAGCUCCGGAGUAGCUGAUCCCAAUAUCUACUAGAGGAUCCAAGUUGUAUGAUUGUUUCAUGCUAUUUCUAAAUUCAUAAUUGAUAUAGAUUAUUCCAGGUGAAGAUACUUAUUGAGUCUGUUAAUUUUGUUUGAGUGCUAUUUAAUAUUUAAAUCUGAUGUUUCAAUUUGUGGGUGCUUUUGAAAUCAGCAAAACCAGUGCCAGAGUAUUCUUGUUCAGAGGGUCUCAGUUUGUUCCAACAACCUGUUUUAAACAUCUGGACAGAUGAUAGUGACAUUGGUAAUAAACCAGCUUACUGAGGUUAAUUACAUUUUGUUCUAAACCAAAGUCAAAGAUGCAUAAAAAACGGGUGCUUCAAAAGAAGUCAACUUGUGUUUUUAAAACUUAAUUAGAACUUCUGAUUAAUUUCACUGAAGUCCUGCACAGCAGAAAUGUAACUUGCUCUUUGCUAAUUCAGCACAAAAGAUUUGUUUCUCUUUCCUUGUGUGCUGCUUUCAAGAUGCUCCUGGCAAAGCAUUGUUAGUCUUUAUACCUCUUCUAAAGCUGGGCUAGGAUUACCCCUCCAAAGGCAUGCAGUUCUGAACAACGCGAGCAAGUAGGUGGUUACUUGAGGGGUGCAACUGAACCGCUCUCCUUUGCAGAAGAGGCCAGAAUCUUCCCAUGUCACCCGAUGUGAGACCACCAUUCUUACUUAAACCCUUCACCCCUACUGGGACCUAGGCCUCUGACAGCUGCUUGCCAGGAUCCUCUGUCCUGCGCACGUCUUUCUAAUUGUCCCCAGGUAUGGCCCGUCUUCUAGGCGAAGAUCCUCGCUCUCCCGGGGAUGAGGCCCUUGUAGCUUCUGGUGGUGCUUCUGUUGAUCUGGGUUUUUAUGGGAAGCAGUUGCUAGCCCAUGCCCAACCUACCAACCUUCGCAGCCGGGGUUGGGUCUGCCCGUGGAAGAGUUGAUACCACCGUUUCCUCACUAUUAUUAUUAAUUGGCACUUGUAUCUUUGCUGAAUAGAUGUUUAUGUUCUGAUUUUGAAUGAGAUUAAGAAAUCUGAAAUUGGUGCAAGCACCUGCGGGGUUUUUCUGUGUUAGGAGCUUCAAAGGGCCACUAGGCAGCACCUUAAUGAUGUCAAAAUGAAGAGCACUUAUCAAAAAUAAUUUUAGAGACUUACUGUUUACUCUUUAUGCUGUGGCUUUUUUUUAGGUAAAUUGUAAAAUUGUAAUGAUGCUCGAAAUUCUUGCCAAUUGACUACCCAGUAAGGCAGCGUAAACUAAUUUGUGUUGUAUAUAUAAUUAUGUCUUUUAUAAGCUGCAAGUGCAGAAUGUAGUGCUCCCUAAAAUCAUCUGCCUUUAUAUCAUUCUGGCUGUUUCAAUUGGUUUUAUUGAUUGCUAACACUGGGUGCAGGUUAACUUCUGGAUUUGUAGAAGCUGAGGGUCAGAGAGAACUGAAGAUGGAGAGUUGUGAGGAAGCUGGAACAGAGUGGGAGUUUAGAGGCAAAGCUUGAGACACAGCUAAACAUCCAAUAAGGAAACACCUUCCGGGAAGAGGGUUGAGGCCAGACUAGAUAUUACACUAAGCUGGAGGGAAAAUUUCAGAUGAAACCAGAGCUUGGGUGAGAAGUCCUGUCGAUUUUAGUUGUUGAGCGGAUGGGAGUCACACAGAUAACAAGAGCAUGUAAAAUUUUGUCCAUAGUGGAUCAAGGAUCUCGUUUAUUGUGCGAAUAGUGCACAUUGUGGCCUUAUUUAUUUAGAAGUUCCAAGGUGCAAUAGAAUUGCUCUUGGCUUGUGAUUUAAUUUUUCACUUUAUAAUUUUAAGUGAAAUAAAGUGCUAAAGAAUUCUUGCACUUAAGUUACAGUAUUGGCACCUUAUACCUAAACUUUGGUGUUUUUAUUAUAUGCCCGAUGAUAUUUAUUAGUAAAUUUAUGGUUGAAGUUACCAUAUACUUCUGAAUGUACUCAACACAUCUGUUCACAAAGUUCACGUUCCCAGUGGGAAAGAUAUAGCAUGCAUCCUGUAUCCACUGUUGUUACAACAUUUUUGUUUUUGAUGGGCAGGGCUCAUCCUGUUGCUCUUCUUCACUUUGGAAUAUGGUGUUUACUUGUUUAUUUUGCAGUGCUUAUCAAGGUCAUGUAUAUUAUAAAACAGACCUAAUGUCAAAGACUUAGUACGUCCUGAAUCUGAAAGUACCACCCAGUUGUCAGUUUAACUUUUAAAGUACAGUGAAAGUUGAUUAACUUGUUUUUGUCUAAACGAGCCCGUUCAGCUUUGGAUCUAAUGUCCAAGCAUUAAAUAUAGUUUCCAAGUGCUGUUAUCUCAACUGCUCAUGUUAAUAAAAUCAUUGCACUAA